AGGACCCAGAGCAGCGUCGGAUAAACCCUCCUUAAAGAGAUGAGGCCACGCCUUCUUCCCCGCCCCCUAGGCUGCCCAUUGGUCGCGGGGCUUUGUGAGGUAGCGGUCAGCUUUGUUCGGAUUCUUAUUGGUCCAACGCGCCGUCGGUCGGUGAAGAGUCCGCCCCCUCAGAACCUUACAUUUACAGUGUAGCAAAAGAGAAAGUAACUAUGUUGCUGCUGGAGAUCAAUGAAGCCAAGUGAAUGGGGGUUGAAUGUGAGAGUCCAUAGCUGAAGCGGAGCGCCAGAUGGUGGAGGACUACACUUAUUUAUGAAACUGUCUUGAGUUCUUCUUGAAUUGCCAGUUUUCAGCCUCCUCAUGCCUCCAUCUCCUUUAGACGACAGGGUAGUAGUGGCACUAUCUAGGCCCGUCAGACCUCAGGAUCUCAACCUUUGUUUAGACUCUAGCUACCUUGGCUCUGCCACCCCAGGCAGUAACAGCCACCCUCCUGUCAUCGCCACCACCGUUGUGUCCCUCAAGGCUGCGAAUCUGACGUAUAUGCCCUCAUCCAGCGGCUCUGCCCGCUCCCUGAAUUGUGGAUGCAGCAGUGCCAGCUGCUGCACUGUGGCAACCUACGACAAGGACAAUCAGGCCCAAACCCAAGCCAUUGCUGCUGGCACCACCACCACUGCCAUCGGAACCUCUACCACCUGCCCUGCUAACCAGAUGGUCAACAAUAAUGAGAAUACAGGCUCUUUAAGUCCAUCAGGUGGGGUGGGCAGCCCUGUGUCAGGGACCCCCAAGCAGCUAGCCAGCAUCAAAAUAAUCUACCCCAAUGACUUGGCAAAGAAGAUGACCAAAUGCAGCAAGAGUCACCUGCCGAGUCAGGGCCCUGUCAUCAUUGACUGCAGGCCCUUCAUGGAGUACAACAAAAGUCACAUCCAAGGAGCUGUCCACAUUAACUGUGCCGAUAAGAUCAGCCGGCGGAGACUGCAGCAGGGCAAGAUCACUGUCCUAGACUUGAUUUCCUGUAGGGAAGGCAAGGACUCUUUCAAGAGGAUCUUUUCCAAAGAAAUUAUAGUUUAUGAUGAGAAUACCAAUGAGCCAAGCCGAGUGAUGCCCUCCCAGCCACUUCACAUAGUCCUCGAGUCCCUGAAGAGAGAAGGCAAAGAACCUCUGGUGUUGAAAGGUGGACUUAGUAGUUUUAAGCAGAACCAUGAAAACCUCUGUGACAACUCCCUCCAGCUCCAAGAGUGCCGGGAGGUGGGGGGCGGCGCAUCCGCGGCCUCGAGCUUGCUACCUCAGCCUAUCCCCACCACCCCUGACAUCGAGAACGCUGAGCUCACCCCCAUCUUGCCCUUCCUGUUCCUUGGCAAUGAGCAGGAUGCUCAGGACCUGGACACCAUGCAGCAGCUGAACAUCGGCUACGUCAUCAAUGUCACCACUCAUCUUCCCCUCUACCACUAUGAGAAAGGCCUGUUCAACUACAAGCGGCUGCCGGCCACUGACAGCAACAAGCAGAACCUGCGGCAGUACUUUGAAGAGGCUUUUGAGUUCAUUGAGGAAGCUCACCAGUGUGGGAAGGGGCUUCUCAUCCACUGCCAGGCUGGGGUGUCCCGCUCUGCCACCAUCGUCAUCGCUUACUUGAUGAAGCACACUCGGAUGACCAUGACUGAUGCUUAUAAAUUUGUCAAAGGCAAACGACCAAUUAUCUCCCCAAACCUUAACUUCAUGGGGCAGUUGCUAGAAUUCGAGGAAGACCUAAACAACGGUGUGACACCCAGAAUCCUUACACCAAAGCUGAUGGGCGUGGAGACGGUUGUGUGACAAUGGUCUGGAUGGAAAGGAUUGCUGCUCUCCAUUAGGAGACAAUGAGGAAGGAGGAUGGAUUCUGGUUUUUUUUUUCUUCUUCUUCUUCUUCUUUUUUUUCUUAGUUGGGAGUAAAGUUUGUGAAUGGAAACAAACUUGUUUCAACACUUUAUUUUUAACAAGUGUGAGAAGACUAUAACUUUUGACGCCAUUGAGAUUCACCUCCCACAAACUGACAAAUUAAGGAGGUUAAAGAAGUAAUUUUUUAAAGCCAACAAUAAAAAUAUAAUACAACUUGUUUGUCCCCCUUAUCCUUUUAAGCUAUUUGUAGAGUUUAUGACUAAAUAGUCUGUGCAGGUUCAUAGACCGAAGAUACUACACACUUUAAACCAAUUAAAAAGAACCAAAAGUAAAUAGAAAAGGCAUUGAAUCACCAAGGCCUGGGACCCACCUGGGCUGUCCACAUAGAAAGCAAAAACCCAACCAAACCAAGCCCUGUUGUGCUCACUGGUGCAAAGAGAAGAUCAGGGCAGCUUAAGUAGUCUAAGAAUCCUUCAGGCAUUCUUUAAAGAGACAAAGGAUACCUUUGAUUUUGUGUGUUUCAUGCUCUGGAUUUUUUUUUUUUUUUUUUUUUUUUCCUUCUCUGGGUUUAAGAGACUUUUUUUGAAAUAGUGAGGAAUUGACCAUUAUACCAUAUGCCUUCACUGGCUUCUUGUGCAAUAAUAUGAUGUUUUAAGUGUGCAAACAAGUUAGAGCUGGCAGCUGAAUGGUAGACAAAUAGUGCAAAUUUGCCAGCUUGGAGAUAGAAAGGAAUUCAACAAUAUAUCAAUUGCUUUCCUUCCCACCUUUUACCUUUUUUUUUUUUUUUUUUUUUUUCUGAUUUGAUUCUGGUUACAGUGCCAUAAACCUUGUUACAUAUGUAUAUCAGAAUGUAAGAAAAAAAGAAAAAUUUAUUUAAAAAUAUUUUUCGCAAAAAAAAUCUUGGUGUGUUUCUGUUGAUUGUGUAAAAAUUUAUUUUCAUUACAUAAAUGAAACUGG